AUGGGAGCAGGAGAUUACACAGAAAGAAAUCCACCUCUAGAAAUAGAACAACCCGUGUACAAUAAUGUAGCAGAAGAAGAUCCAAUUAUUGAUGAAAUCAGGUGGUGGGAAGAUGAGGGAUCUGAGAGCGACACUGAAAGUGUUCCUGAUAGUGACACAGAUGACGAUGGAGACAAUGGCCAGGAUGCUCCUGUGCUAUUGCCCCCCAACCCAGUACCAGGCGCAACACAUAGUUCAAAUCACAUCAUUAAGUUCGCUGAUGACACGACCGUGGUGGGUCUCAUUAGCAAGAACGACGAGUCAGCGUACAGAGAGGAAGUGCAGAGACUAACGGACUGGUGUAAAGACAACAACCUGUCUCUGAAUGUUGACAAGACAAAAGAGAUGGUUGUUGACUUUAGGUGGACACGAGGCGACCACUCACCGCUGAGCAUCAACGGCUCCUCUGUGGAGAUCGUCGACAGCACCAAAUUCCUGGGCGUCCACCUGGAGACGGCCCUCGGCAUAUGGGCCAACUUUUUAAUACCCCUGAAAAAUGGAGAAGUGAUCGAGGGUCAGUAUGUGGAGCUGCAGGCCCGGUACACUGGCGGCAACCCAAAUUCCAAGAGUAUCGCCUGGAACUUUUUGAUGCCUAACACCAGCCAGAUGAAGAUGAUCAUCUCCUACACCGACAACGAGGUGAAGGUGUUUGACGGACAGUUUAAGGGCCGUGUCGGUUUCCUACAUCAGAUGCCAUCAUCAGAUGUGUCGUUCUACAUCAACAACACCCGGGAGUCCGAUUCAGGAAGCUACAUCUUUCAGAUUGUUAAUGAUGGUAUUACUGAAACGGUUACCCUGGAUGUGAAAGUCCCUCCUUCUGUUCCGAAGUGCUCUAUGACAGGGAAGCCAGAGGUAAAAGGAAAUGUUACUCUGAUCUGCAUGUCCAGCUCUGGGAAACCUAUUCCUUUGUACAAGUGGAAGAAAACCAGCCCCACCUCUGAGGUCUUCUUCUCACCCAUGCUCAAUGAGAAGACUGGCACUCUGAAGCUGAACAACCUGAGCAGCAACAUGUCGGGGAAAUACGUGUGCACAGCCAGCAACACGGUGGCAGAAAAGAGCUGCGCAAUCGACCUGCACAUUACCAACUCCAAUAAAGUGGGGGUGAUUGUUGGUGCCACAGUUGGCUCAGUGGCUGGCUUCAUCUUCCUCCUUUUUGUGUGCCUCGCUUUUGUCUUCGUGAUAAGGAGAAGAAACAACGAGGAUGACUUGGCCAAUGAAAUCAAGGAGGAUGCUCAGGCUCCCAAGCGUGUGUCAUGGGCUAAGAGCGGCAUGGGUUCUGACAUCAUCUCCAAGAAUGGCACCCUGUCCUCCAUCGCCUCCAGCCCACACCACAAAGAGUCCUCCCAUCACCACAACAACCACCACCACCACCUGCAGCAGUAUCCACAGCGCCCCCCCUCAGACACUGCAUCCAUCAUCACCGCCACAGGCAGCAAUGCCGGCUAUAGACCGUCCCGCCACCAAGGGGCCUCCACUCCCACCCAUUACAGCUACAACAACAACACCACCCUGCCACGUGAACAGCCAUUGUCCCCCGAGGCCGGCAGCAAUGGCGGUUCCAUGCCCAGACCCGAGCGCUACACCCAGUUGCCUCAGGCACAGGCGCUGCCGCAAACGUACAACCAGCCUCGGCUGCAGCUCCAGACCGCUCCCUCCCCGCCACCACUACCCACCUCCACCAUCAUGGCCUCCAACAUCACCCGAAUGGGAGGCGUGCCCAUUAUGGUUCCUGCACAGAACCAGGCCGGAUCUCUAGUCUAGCAUGAGCUAAGGGAAUACUCUCACAAAGGAUCAAUUGCUGAUUUUUCAAAGGGACUUUAAUAUUUAG